AUGUCAAAACCUAACUCUACUGAAGCUUUGCCUGGGCCAGCUCCCUCAUCACACCCUGAGGCAUCAUAUCACAUCCUGUCUAACAAGCAAAAAUGGAAUCUUGUCAUCUUCGUCUCGUUGGCGGCCUCGUUCUCGCCGCUGUCUUCGAAUAUAUAUUUCCCCGCGAUUGACACCAUAUCUAAGGAUCUAGGAGUAAAUGCGUCCCUUAUAGCCCUUACUAUCACGGUAUAUAUGGUGGUUCAGGGUAUUGCUCCCUCUCUCCUAGGUGCCAUCUUGGAUGCUUGCGGCCGUCGCCUCACGUUUACAAUAACACUCACCAUUUAUACUGUGGCCAACCUCGCCCUGGCGUUCACUUCUAACUAUCCAAUGUUGAUGGUACUUCGUGGCCUUCAGGCGGCAGGACCUGCAGCGACUAUUAGCAUUAGUGCUGGUGUCGUUGCUGAUAUUGCUUGCCCAGAAGAACGCGGUCGUUUCAUAGGGACAAAUGCUGGCGUUCGCAUGACGGGUCAAGCAAUUGGCCCAAUCAUUGGAGGCGUGUUGGAUAGCCUAUGGGGCUUUCGAAGCAUAUUUUGGCUGCUUUUCAUCCUAAGCGUGAUUGUCCUUGGCGCGCUCCUAAUUUUCCUUCCGGAAACACAGCGUAGCAUAGCAGGCAACGGCACCACCGUUAAAAACAAUGCUGGAACGAGCAGUCCCUCGAAGCCUCCAGCACCACUAUCAUUCAAGAAAGCGCUCAGUCCUCUUGCCUACCUCCUUGAAAAGGACAUCGCCGUGCUUUUGGCCUGGGGCGCUGUGGCUUAUACAGCAUGGAACAUGGUGGCAUCUUCUACCACAACAAUGCUGCUGCUCGGCUUUCCUUUUCUUGCACAAUGGCAGAUUGGGCUAUGUUUCCUCCCAAACGGGCUAGGCUGCAUCUUAGGCUCGCUCAGUACCGGCUGGAUUCUGGACCAGAGCUUCACUCGGGCCCUGGUGCGAUACAAGGAGGAACACGGCAUCCCUCCGGAAGAACGUUUUGUUCAUAGACGCGACUUCUCCUAUGUGCGGGCCCGUCUACGCCUCAUGCCUAUCUUUAGCAUUGUUCUCGUGAUCUCUUUGGCGCUUUACGGACCAAGUUUUGAGUUCAAUGACUUACGGCAACGGUUUGGUCCAAAUUUAGCCGCCCCACUUAUUCUUCAAUUUCUGAUUGCCUUCUCGGCCACUGCUAUAUUGAACAUCAACUCAACUGUGCUGAUUGAUUGCUUCCCGGAGCGACCUGCGAGUGCGACAGCGCUCAACAACUUGUGCCGAUGUCUACUGGGGGCGGUGGGAGUAAGCGUCAUCCAGCCAUUGAUUGGUACCACAAAGGCGAUGAUAGCGUUCUUCAUUGUGAGCGGUGUCGUGUUUCUGUUCACUCCACUGAUUUGGGUGGAUGGAAAUGGGGGGAGAGGUGGAGGCAAGAAAGAGAAGAGAAAAUGGCUCAAGAUCAAGGCGAGCUCUAGACUCUCCACGGUUCAAUCUCUCCUGCUGAACGCGAUGGAGGCCUCGAAACCUAUCCCGGACCAAAACAAAGAAGCCCCGCAGUUGAAUGAAGUGCCGCCCCAGAGCGAUGAAGCUGAGCCACAGCCCCCUUCCGACCCCAAACCUUGCCUGCAGGAGGCGACCCGGAAAGAUGUCUUGGUAACCGAGCCAUUUCAACCUGUAUUGGAGGCGCCAGCAGAUCUCGAACGCGACGAUCCGCAACUCGCGUUUCAAGCAGCUGGGCUUGUGGGGCUCUAUCGUCGUCUUCGGGCGUCAUGCGUGUCUAAAUACCUCGACUGCGAGAAACAACUGAAACCAAUCAAACUUUGA